UCAACAGACCACCGCCGAUUACGACUGACCGGGGGUGGAAGUACAUGCGCUGGACGACUGGAGCUUUAUUACCACGGUUCUUGGGGCACAGUUUGUAAUGACUUAUGGGAUCUGCUUGACGAUAACGUGGUCUGCAGGCAGCUGGGUUGUGGAUAUGCUUUGCAAGAUAAACCUCUUGGAUACUGUGGAGGAAGUCGUGGUCCUAUUUGGUUGGAUGAAGUAAAAUGCUCGGGUAACGAAUUAUAUCUCUGGGAGUGUCCCUCCGCACCACUGGGUGAACACGAUUGCAGUCAUAAAGAAGAUGUGACAGUGAAGUGUUCUGGUAAGGGUACCUGCAAUCUGCUGAUUCCCUGCAGCAUGGGAUGGGAGGAUUCAUUCCAGAGAUGUAAUACAAACUCCAACAACAUUUCACCGCCAGAUGCAUAUUCCCCUCCCCUCCACUGUCGAUGCGCCUUUUUGUUCAGCGACAAAGAAUCUUUGCUGCCUGAUGAUGGAAACAUUGUGAUGAUCUAUACAUUGCCCGUUUCGUACACAGAACACAAAGAGAUGCGCCUGGUGAACGGAGAGCAUCGAUGUGAAGGGAGAGUGGAAGUGUGGUACAACGGGACAUGGGGGACAGUGUGCUACGAGAAGCUUUACGGAAAGGAAGCGGAAGUGAUCUGUAAACAAAUGAAAUGUGGACCUCUCAAAUCGUAUUAUGGCGCCUGGAAAUAUGGAGCGGGUUCUGGGCCCAUAUGGCUCGAUGAGAUGGAAUGUAUUUCGCACGAGUCGACCCUUUGGCAGUGUCAGUCAGACCCAUGGGGAAAACACAACUGUCACCACUGGGAGGAUGCAGGUGUUGCAUGUGAAGAAAAAGUGAUUAUUUGUAACUUUACAGAUCUACCACUGCGGCUUGAUGGCGGCAACAACAAUUGCUCCGGAACGGUUCAGUUAUUGUUCAACAACAGCUGGGGCACCGUGUGUGAUGACUCCUGGGAUCUUGCCGAUGCCAAUGUCGUCUGCAGGCAGUUGGGAUGUGGCGCUGCUCGUUGGACUCCAGGAGCGGCUCCCAUUGCCCCAGUCUCUGGGGAUAUCUGGCUGGAUGAAGUCAAAUGCACAGGAAGUGAAUCAUUCCUGUCCCGUUGUAUGGCUUCACCGCUCGGUCAGCAUGACUGUGACCACAAGGAAGAUGUCAUUGUUAUUUGUUCCGGUACGUCUUGUUCGACAGAUUCCUGGAUCAUUGACUUUAAAAUCAUAAUUAAAUGUGUUUUUUUGUUUCUUUAAUGCAGAAAACCUAAUUAGAUUAAGUUGAUAAUAUGUGUUUGCAAUAAUGUUCACAGGUCCAGUGUUAACUCCCACUGGCUCCAUCAUUUCAGGUAUUUAUUAUUCACGCGAUGUUGAUGUAUGAAAUUCCAAUCUUUGCUGACAAUGCUGAUACUCGCUUGGUACGAUUUGCUAAUUACUAAAAUACACGAUGGAUAGCUUACACAUUGUUUAGCCCAGUAUUCGAACCAGUCUUGCAAACUUCUAAAACUGUGCCCAACUACAGCCAAAAUAUCUUUGUGACGGCACAGAAUGCGGACGUCCGCAUUGUUGUCCGCCCUCGCCACCCCCAAUAAAGUGGCGAUGAGCUGUCUCAAUGAAAGGUGGCAGUUGGUAGAAUUUCUAUGCGCUUUUCGGUUAUGAUUACUGAUUUUAGAGUAGCGGCUAUUAAUGAAUUGGUAUCAUGUGUUGGAACCAAGAUAAGUUGUGACCUUGAGAAGAAUUUGUCGGUGUCAUUAUUCCUAACUGAGAGUUGCAUUUCGAGUCAGUGCAGAAAAGGGUUCGCUCUUUUAUAAAGUAUUGUCGAAAUACCCCUGAUGACGUACUCUUAAUGCAUUUCAUACAAGUUCGGCCCUUUGUAACAAGCAUCACCUGAGCAAAACGAUGUCAACAUUUAGAACAUGCACUUCUUGGUGUCAGUAUUCCUCUGAUUUGGAUUGUAUGACACGGGGUGUGUGCCGAGCUCUGUGGAUACACAUUAUGUUUGAAUAUAAUUAUGUAUCUGCUAGUUGGAUGCAGGGCGCCACUGGUUAGGAAUCAGGACUUUCCGAUAUGUUCUGUAUUCAUCCCGUUCCGCCCAACACGACAGGAAUUCCGUUGAUUUCACCACAUCUCUUUGUGGCGCCAUAGCCCCUGUGUAGUUGUCAUCGGCAGAAACAUAUCAAACUAAACGUCAACGGCAGAGCCCUAAUUAUGAGUGUUAUUGCUUGUCUUGUUUUUAUUAAACUAGUCCAGACUCGACUCCGGAAAUGUAUCUUUCGAGUUCCUCUGUCGCGAGAUGCUUGGUAAUGAUCAUUGAAUCGCACAAUCUAUUUGCACACGCGGCUAAUCUGGGGAUAUCUGUAUGUGUUCUUGACCGGGCAAUCGUUCCAAAUCCAGACCUGUGAGUGGAAAUGUGAGUGGAAAUGAAAAUAACUUGCUUCGGUCGAAAUUGUCCUCCAUGGCAUGAGGUUUCACGCGGCUGCAGCCAGUGCAAGCUAUUAUCCAGAUAAACAAAGCCUGAUUGAGAAUUAGUAUUUUUAUUGGUUUCCACUCACGUGUUAAUCUGCUGCAAUGCCCCCAGAGGAUUAUUGGGAACAUUCGUGGCGAAGGAAAAUGCACAAUCAGAGGUGAAAAUUAAUGAAAGUUCGCUGCGCCUGCUUUAACUAUGAAGCUACAACGUCUGUUAUGAAGUUAUCCCUAAAUUUGUAUUUCAGUGUUGGGGAAUAAGAUGCCCGCUAUGAUUGUUGUCGCCUGUAUAACCCUUGGAAUCGUCCUCAUCGGUGAAUUACUCGCACUGAUGAUGAUAUCACGGAGACGGGCAGCAAAAAGAGGUGAGGUUCAACUUGUCACAAUUAUUGUU